CGCUGUUUCCCUGUUUGUUGUUUUCAGUAUAAACUUUCCCCUCGACCUUCGUGUCCAUCGCAAUACGAACGGAAGAAAUGGGCGAAGCAGAAGCGGCUCUUGUGGACGAGAAGCAGGUGGAUCUGGGAGUUCUCCCCACCGACGAGUCUGUGAUUUGGAGCCAGGAGGUGGAGGUGUGCCUGUUUCACGCCAUGCUGGGACACAAGCCCGUGGGAGUGAAUCGUCACUUCCACAUGAUUUGCAUCAGAGAGAAAUUCAGCCAGAACAUCGGUCGGCAGGUGUCCUCUAAGGUGAUCUGGGACCAUCUGGGAACUAUGUAUGACAUGCAAGCUCUGGAUGAAUCAGAAAUAUUGCCAUUUCCAAACUCGGAAAAGUGUUUUGUUCUUCCAGAGGAAAUUAUUCAAGAGGUGAAGGAAGGAAAACUGGAACUAGAGCAGGAAUCCAAAGAAGACAUGAAGGAGGAAAGAGACUCACCAUCCGCAUAUGAAGAAGGUCUAGGUCCCAGUUUGGCUAGACUCCAGUUUGAAAGGCAGUGCUGCACCAGCGAGGGUGGCGGAGAGGUCAGGCAGCAGGGACAAGGACCGGGAAGGGGAGAGGGGCUCGGCUGAGGGCGUGGCGGACAAGAGGAAGAGGCACCGCGCCGGGGCCGACAAGGCCCUCGUCUCCAAUGGCAACCCAUCCAGCCCCAGUGGGACCAAACGCCGGCGCACGUAGAGGCUGUACUCUCCAGAGAUCGGGGUCCAUAGGAGUCCAUGGAGGGGAGCGGAGUGUUGGAUCACAUCAGCAGAGAAUCUUGGCUGGGCAGGGAGAGACGGAAGGAGAAUUGGAGCGUGUGUGAUAUACACAUGCGUUUAGGAGAUGCUAACCGUCUGGGAUUGCUGUAGUGAGCAUUUGGUGGAGACUGUCGGCCAUUACUUGAGCUGAUUAGCACCUUAGUCUUGAGGACCAGAGCUUCUGGAGGAACUUGGGUAGCAGGUUCUACUAGAAUACUCCAAAGGCAAGUGAUGGUCAUGGGCCUGAGCAUGCUUGAAUGGGUCUGUCAACUUGUAGCAGUGGGAUGUUGUAGUUCAGUGGGGUGUGCUUACUCUUGGAUUACUCGGAGAGCGUACUGGGACCCUUGAUGUUGUGAAACACAACACUGCUCCUCCAGGUCACCUCCCUGACCGGCUGUGGUGUCUGAGCGCCAUUCUGGAGGUGCUCGGCUGCAUCCUGAUCGAACAUCUGCCAUUCACAGAAACCUUUAACUGAGCUUCUGUGUUAAAUUUGACUAAACACCAUCUGCUUGGUGAUGAAACUGACACCUCUGAAGUCAGAGGCCUUGAAGGGGAGACCGACCUCCCCACUGAUGAUCUUGUGACAAACUUCACACUGGCCUAAGUUUUGUGAGGACAAGUGUGUGUAUGUGCUGUUUUAAUUUGUAAUUUUUAAUUAUUUUCUUUUGCUCUGGGUGGACUGGCCUUGAUGCAGUGGGGGGGUUGAGCUUAACCACAGCAGAGUCAGCUGUCCUCACUUGAAGCACUGCGCUGAACCAGGUCCUGUAUGUACGGGCCAGCAGUUAAUUUCGAUAAAAGCAAACUGAGGCUGUGCUUGGUACAUUUUUACUGACAAUAAUUUGGUGGUUCAAACUUCAGAGAUGAUCUGAAAUUGUAUUUCUGGGUGGUUCCUACUUUUUCAUUUUCCUUGUUUCUUUGCCUUAGCCACUGUUUUUUGUUACGGUGAAGUGUCCAUUUUUUUUUUUUUUUUUUUUAAAUAACUGCUGAUUUUAAGGGUUAUUAAAUAUUUUUAUCAGCCUGA